AUGUCUGUAGAUGUCUUCUCCUUUAUGGGUCAAGGAGACAAAACAACUCAUAGUCAAGAAGCUUGUGCAAACGGUCAGCUUCCUGAACGCAGCGCCUUAGACCGCUCGGCCAUCCUGACAUCUUCAGUGGUUGGAACUAUCAGGUAUACCCUGGGGGUCAAUUUGAAGGGGUUGAACGAGUGUGCAAUGCAGGCAUUUGGCAGAAACAGCCCUUGGCUAGUUCAUAGGACUCACCUGCAUCUGCAGACCUCCUUGCAGAAGGAAGAACUGAAAAACUAUGUGGAUACUCCAUUUGGAAAGCCUUCUGAUGCCUUAAUUUUGGGGAAGAUAAAGAAUGUGGAUUGCGUCCUCCUUGCAAGGCAUGGGCGGCAGCACACCAUCAUGCCUUCCAAAGUCAACUACCAGGCCAACAUCUGGGCCCUGAAGGAGGAGGGUUGCACUCAUGUCAUAGUGACCACGGCCUGUGGCUCCUUGCGGGAGGAGAUCCAGCCCGGUGACAUCGUCAUCAUUGACCAGUUCAUUGACAGGACCACCAGAAGGUCUCAGACAUUUUAUGAUGGAAGUCGUUCUUGUACCAGAGGAGUAUGCCACAUUCCAAUGGCUGAGCCAUUCUGUCCCAAAACAAGAGAGGUCCUCAUAGAAACUGCCAAAAAGCUUGGACUCCGGUGCCACUCAAAAGGGACAAUGGUUACCAUCGAGGGACCUCGUUUUAGCUCCCGGGCAGAGAGCUUCAUGUUCCGUACAUGGGGGGCAGAUGUAAUCAAUAUGACCACUGUUCCAGAAGUGGUUCUUGCUAAGGAAGCUGGAAUUUGCUAUGCAAGUAUUGCCAUGGCAACAGAUUACGAUUGCUGGAAGGAGCACGAGGAGGCGGUUUCAGUGGACCGGGUCUUAAAGACCCUGAAAGAAAAUGCCAAUAAAGCCAAAAGUUUACUUCUUACUACCAUACCUCAAAUAGGGUCCAUGGAAUGGUCAGAAACCCUUCAUAACCUGAAGAAUAUGGCCCAUUUUUCUGUUUUACUGCCAAGACAUUAAAAUAGCAUGCUCCUUUAUAAGAGGACUUUAUAAUUCUGGUCACGUUGAAAAUUCUGCUUAGCUCCAAACACCAUGGAAAAAAACAUGCAGCUUCCAGACCCUUGUUUGAGAAGGAAGAAAGAAGAAUAUGUGAUAUGACAAGUUAUCAGAAAAACCUUUUUAAAAGACUUGGA